AUGCUAUCUCUUCGACGAGCUCUUCUGGUGCCCCGGCUGGGCCGGGCUCUGCACACCAUGCCUGCAUACUCUGGCCUCGGCUCUCAGGCCGCUCCCACUCAGAUCAACAAGUUUCUGUCGGCCGAGACCGUCAAGUCUGCGUGGUUUGAACAUCAGCACGAGAUGCUGGAGCGAGUCAACGAGGGUCUGGCAAGCAGCGAGGAGCUGGAGGGUCUUGAUCUGCAGAGUUUGGCUCUGGAAACUUGCAACCGGUCCGAGGAUGCUCUCCACCACUUUGCUUCUGGAGCUUUUGCCAACGAUUUCUUCUUCAAGGGUGUAGCUUCUACUGUCAAGCCCGGUGAGGUCUCUGAGCCCAUUGAUGCGUACCACGGACUCUACGUCAGCCCCCGAGACCCCGAUUACCAGACUGUGAUGCCUGCUCUGGCCACCGGAGAGACCCCUGCUUGGGGCAACCACCCCGGCACUGACGAUGCUCUGUACGACCUGAUCCUGACGUCGUUCGGUACUGUGGAGGCCUUCCGAGAACAUCUGCUGACCAAGGCCGAGUCGAUUUUCGGCAAUGGAUACACAUGGCUAGUGCUGAGCAAGCACUCUGGCCGACUACAUCUCGUCAACACCUACAACAACGGCUUCAUCCAGAAGAAGGGCACCAACUCUGCCGAGCUGGCUGCAGAGGCUGCUGCCAAGCGAGCCGUCGAGGCUGAUGAGGCGAAGGCUCUGGCUGAGCUCCAGGCCGAGGCUCAGAACAAGAAGCUUAACGCUCUGGAGGAGAAGCUUCUGAAGAACAAAAUCUACAAGAUGGAGGUGGCCAAGCAGAUGCGACAGGCACAGCCCAAGAUUCUGCACGAUCUCAAGCCGCUGCUUAACGUCAACGUGUGGCAGCACAUGUGGCUCAACGACUACGGCGCGUUUGGCAAGCGAAAGUACCUCGACAACUUCUGGGAGAAGAUUGACUGGAACGUCGUCAAGGGACGACUCCAGGACCACUUUGAGAAGCAGACAGAUCUUAGCAAGAGUGAGCUGUUUGGACCUUACGUUUAA